GAACUCUUUGGUCAUGGCCAAGGCAGCGCGCGCAGUUGCAAUCCUGAUCUUGGGGCUUUGCCUCUGCAGCCUCCCGGCCUUUGUGCCUGGGCCCGGCCGAUUUGCUCGUGUGGCCCCUGCGGCCGUGGGGGCUGGAGCAUUGGGCAUGCUGGGCGCAGCUCCGGCAUAUGCAGACAAGAUUGAUGAUGCCGCCAAAGUGCUGUCUGAAAAGUCCUAUCCGUUCCUGAAGGAAAUUGACUGGACCUCCGACGUUUAUGGCAAGCUCCCCACGCAGAAUGCUUUGGAUGUGCUCAAGGCCAUCGACACCAUGCUGAAGAUGGGUGCUGCAAUGGACCCAGCAGCUUUGAAGACGGGUGUUCUGGCGCACAGCCAGGCCAUUGCCAACAUGGAUUCGAAGGGUGGGGCGACGCUUGCGGACUACACUGCUAUCAAUGCAGCGAUUGGACACAUGAUUUCUUCC